AUGUCGAAAACGCUGCUUUCGAUCUUUCUGGCUUCCGCGCUGAGCACUGCAGCUCAGGCCGGAAGCCGUGCGUAUCAGGCUAUCGAUCCAGACGACUUUGUUUAUGUUGAUGGAUUGCGAUUGAAAGAUUCGCAGGGUCUCCAUUACCUUACCGGACUGAACUACUGGGCGUGCAUGAACCUCGCGGCCGACAAAUCGCAAGGAGGGAACUACUCCCGCCUAGUCACCGAGCUCGACCAAAUGGCCGCGAAAGGCGUGAACCACCUGCGCAUAAUGGCAUCGUCCGAAGGCGCUCCAACACCGCAGCCCUUCCGGAUGAACCCAGCCUUGAUGCAAUCCCCCGGGCAGUACAACGAGAAAGUCUUCCAAGGCCUCGACAUCUGCCUCGACGAAAUGUCACAGCGCGGCAUGCGCGCCACCAUGACGCUCGCCGACGAAUGGCAAUGGUCCGGCGGCUUCGCGCAGUACAUCAGCUGGGCGACCAACAAGACCAUUCCGUACCCAAGCUCGUGGAAUAUGACGAAGCCGCCGCAGCGGCCGGUCCCCGGCACGGGCUGGGGCGACUACACCAACGAGACCGAUGGCGCCGCGUCGUACGAGGUCUUCGAAGACUUCGCCAACCAGCUCUACACCAACGCGCAGGCGGAGCAAUGGUACAAGGCGCACAUCAAGACGGUCAUAAACCGGAAGAACACCGUGAAUGGCCGCGUAUACAAGGACGACGCAACGAUCAUGACAUGGCAGCUCGCCAACGAGCCGCAAACGCAAGUCGGCGGCGGGCCCGAAGCGUCCGACCCGUUGAUCGCGUGGAUAGACCGCAUCUCGACGUACAUCCGCUCGCUCGCGCCGAAGCAGCUCAUCAACGUCGGCCUGGAGAGCAAGCAGGGCGAAGCGUACUUCAAGCUCGUGCACAACUUCAGCACGGUCGACUACGCGACGUCGCACUGCUGGGUGCAGAACUGGGGCAUCUACGACAUGUACGAUUCCAGCACGGCGGGCUUGCAGGCGGCGCAGGACUUUGCGACGGCGUUUGUGCAGAAUACGAGUCGGUGGGCGGUAGAGAUUGGGAAGCCGAUUUUCCUGGAGGAGUUUGGCAUGGCGAGGGAUAAUUGGCAGAAUAGGAAUAUGACGUAUCCGUAUCUGAGUAGUGCUACGACGACGCAUAAGGAUGCGUACUUUGAGACGAUUAUCGGUGCAGCGAUGGACCAGUUCAAAGGAGACGGCGCGUAUGUGGGUACGUGCCCCUGGGCGUACGGGGGCAUCUGGAGGCCCGAGACGCAGCAUAUGAAUGAGUUUGGUAUGGUUUGGGCUGGCGAUCCGCCGCAUGAGGCUCCUGGAUGGUAUGAUCUCUACGAUACGGACGAGGCGAUGAAUAUCGUGGCCAGGCAGCAGGAGGAUAUUGCGGAUUGGAUAGAAGAGAACGGACUUUAGAAAGGUAGGAAAUGGUUGAGCCAGGAAAAGAAGGUAAAUUCUAGGACGAGCAUGGGCUAGAAAAAAAAAAGAUCAACGCCGGUCUAACGGAAAAUAAAAGACAGAUGAACGAGAGGAGAACUUGCCUUUUUACGCGAAACUCUAUCCGGACUUCUUCGGGGUGGCAGCAUCUCAAGUGGCCAUGUCCAUCGCCUCUCUCCCACGAUCAAAGCGACUAGACGCCGUCAUAUCAUCUGGGAGAUAUAAAAAGGGCCAAAGCCCUCCCUGAAGCCCCAUGAUACUGCCGUCCAAGAACAUCACGCUCGUCAAAAUUCUCAAGCAAAUCUGCAGAAAAGUCCAGCUCACCAACGGUUGCCCCAAGCCGACCCCAAAGUCAAGCAAAGACAAG